AAUUGAAAUGUCAGCCUUUUUGUUUAAAUACAUGUCGUGGUCAUUUCACUUUCUUAGCAAACUUGUAAGUCCUUUUAUCGAAUAAAAACUUGUAAGUGCGAACGAAAUUUCCAAUCUUUUUCCUGAUUAUAUCAAAUUGAAUUAUAUACCAUGUUAGCAUUAUCUCCUCCGUUGUUUCCAUCAUUUGGAUGGCCCUUAGAGCUUGAUCCAAUAAACCAAGACCACCAAAUCAACGACUGUUUCUACGGAGAUCAUCAGUGCACAGAAACCACUUCGGAGUCAUUUCUUCAUUUCCCUGUACCCUCUGAAUUACCACAACAACUUGACCAGCUCGAUCGCUCCACGCCUUCCACAACAGCCAUUAGCAGUGACCUCAACAUGGUCAAGAAGCUUAACCACAAUGCUAGCGAGCGCGAUCGCCGCAAGAAGAUCAACCAUCUCUACUCCUCUCUCCGUGCACUUCUUCCCGCAACCGAUCAUACGAAAAAGUUGAGCAUUCCUGCAACUGUUUCGCGUGUGCUAAAAUACAUACCGGAUCUACAACAGCAAGUGGAAGGACUUGUUCGGAAAAAGGAGGAGCUUCUAUCGAAGAUGUCAAAGCAGAAAGGAAAUUUAGUACAUCAUGAUGAUGAUCAAGAAAAUCAAGUGAAAACCGCAGCUGCUAGGAGCUCACUGUCUUCAGUUUCUGCUACUCAGCUAAAUGAUAGAGAAGUUGCAAUUCAGAUUUCCACAUACAAGGUCAACAACAAUCCAAUCUCUGAAAUCUUGAACACUUUAGAAGAAGAUGGGUUUUCAAUGCUCAAUGCUUCUUCCUUUGAGUCUUUUGAAGGAAGAGUCUUCCAUAGUUUACAUCUUCAGGUGGAAAGAUAUAGUAUGGAAUGUGAAAUGUUAGGUGAGAAGCUUAUGUCUUUAUUUGAGAAGAGGGAAUAGCAAUUUCCAUAUCAAAGAUAAUUUUAGUUCCAGACUUUAAAUUUUGAUCAAUGAUUUUAACCAAACGCAGCAAGGUAGUUAAAAAAGAAAGACCACGAAAAUGAGGAAAUUAAAUUGAGGUGGAAAUAUUAGAUCUCCUUUUCAUCAAAACUUAUAUAUGUAUAGUGUUUUGUUUUUUUUUUUUUUUUGUUUUUUUUGUUUUUUUGUUUUUUAAUCAAUAAGGUUAAUUAAAACCUAGAACUCAUAUAUGGAGGAACACAUAUGCAUGGACAUUGCUAUUAGGUUUUCCCCCAGGCAUCUAAGACAUAUAUAGUUAAAUUAACUAGUAUGUAUAAAGAAUAUGUGACCCUGUAAUAUAUAAUUAGUGUGCAAAAAGGGUUUUUUGAUUAGGGGAAGGAGACUGUAUUUGGAACAAUCUUUUAUAUAUAAUGUUCAAUUUAUCA